UUUUAAAGUAAUAUAUUUUUCUCGAAAAACAGAACCCUCCCAUGUUUUUUUGUCCUUUGUCUCGUCAGCUUUAUGAUUAGGGUCUUGUUCCAUUAAACUCAUCAGAGAAGGAUAAGAAGGGAGAUCAAGUCAAUUUUGCGAGACAGCAGCCAUGAAAGAAGAUCAAGAGCUAGAUUUCAAAAAGGAAGCUGCUGCGGACACUUUGGACAAUUAUUCAAAAUUUGUGAUAGCGAGGGUUGGAAGUAGGACUCGACCGUGUGAUUUGAGGUUACAUUUAAUGAAGGAGAUAUCAGGUAUGCCUAGUUGUCUGAAUAGGGAAACAGCACAUGCGGCAGCAUCUCCUGAGAGAAUGGGCGAGUCAUCCAGCUCGGGAACAGCAAGACUGGAUAAAGCAGAGAGUUUUCGGGCAGUGUAGUUCAUAUUUGACUGUGUCUCAUAUUGGUAUAAAUUAUAAUAGCAUUGUUCUUUUCAUUUCAAGUUUGAUGUAUGGCUUAUCAAGUAUUAUUAUGGCAUUGUUUGAUAAAACUAGUCUACUUUACUUAAAACGAUAAGGCUUCACUGUUGUUGAAAUUUGACGUAGGAUUAGAUUACUGUGUGUGCUUCGCCGUUGGUUCAAACCAGAUGCCAAUGCGUGCGUAGUAAAAUUGUGUUAGCUUUGUCCUAUUUUAAGGAGUUUUUUAUUAAAAAUCAAGUUCGACUUUUAUUUUA